UGCCCUCCUGUUCUGUGCUUAAGACAAAGAGGACUCUUGGAAGCCGAGGCAGGUUUAAGAAGCCUUUCCGGACCCGGGCGAGCACUGCGAGCAGCUCAGGCACUUGGCGGGCGGCGCGCGGGCUCGGAGGGGAGGAGAGCGCAGAGGCCCAGGAUGGGCUUGCUGAAGGGCCUUCUCCGCGCCUGGAAGCUGCUGCUCGUCAUCUUCGUGCCGCUCCUCCUGCUGCCUCUGCCCAUGCUCCACCCCAGCAGCGAGGCUGCGUGUGCUUAUGUGUUGAUCGUGACUGCUGUGUACUGGGUGUCCGAGGCGGUGCCUCUUGGAGCUGCAGCCCUGGUGCCUGCCUUCCUCUACCCGUUCUUCGGAGUCCUCCGAUCUAGCGAGGUGGCGGCCGAGUACUUCAAGAACACCACGCUGCUGCUGGUGGGUGUCAUCUGCGUGGCGGCCGCCGUGGAGAAGUGGAACCUGCACAAGCGCAUUGCUCUGCGCAUGGUCCUGAUGGCCGGAGCCAAGCCGGGCAUGCUGCUGCUCUGCUUCAUGUGCUGCACCACGCUGCUCUCCAUGUGGCUGUCCAACACGUCCACCACCGCCAUGGUGAUGCCCAUCGUGGAGGCUGUGCUGCAGGAGCUGGUCAGUGCCGACGAGGAGCAGCUCAUGGCCGGCAACUCCAGCACCGAAGAGGCCGAGCCCAUCAGUCUUGAUGUAAAUACCCAACCUUCUCUGGAACUCAUCUUUGUCAAUGAAGACACGUCGAAUGCAGACCUCAGUUCUCUGAUGCAAAACAAGAACCUGAAUGGUGUGCCCACAACCACCAACCCCCUCAAAACAGCAAACCACCAGGGCAAGAAGCAGCACCCAUCCCAGGAAAAGCCACUGGUCCUGACCCCCCGCCCCAGGACCCAGGAACUCAAAAGAAAGUACAAGUCCCAGCAUGACCAGAUGAUCUGCAAAUGCCUCUCGCUGAGCAUCUCUUAUGCUGCUACCAUUGGGGGCCUGACCACCAUCAUCGGCACCUCUACCAGCCUCAUUUUCUUGGAACACUUCAACAACCAGUACCCAGCUGCAGAAGUGGUCAACUUCGGCACCUGGUUCCUCUUCAGCCUCCCCAUCUCCCUCAUCAUGCUGGUGGUCAGCUGGUUCUGGAUGCACUGGCUGUUCCUGGGCUGCAAUUUUAAAGAGACCUGCUCCCUGAGCAAGAAGAAGAAGACCAAAAGGGAAGAACUGUCAGAGAAGAGGAUCCGAGCGGAAUAUGAAAAGCUGGGAGCCAUCAGCUACCCGGAAAUGGUGACUGGGUUUUUCUUCAUCCUGAUGACGGUGCUGUGGUUUACUCGGGAGCCUGGCUUUGUUCCUGGCUGGGAUUCCUUCUUUGAAAAGAAGGGCUAUCGCACUGACGCCACAGUCUCUGUCUUCCUUGGCUUCCUCCUCUUCCUGAUUCCAGCCAAGAAGCCUUGCUUUGGGAAAAAGAAUGAUGGGGAGGACCAGGAGCCCUCACUGGGAAUGGAGCCCAUCAUCACGUGGAAGGACUUCCAGAAGACCAUGCCCUGGGAGAUUGUCAUUCUGGUGGGAGGAGGCUAUGCUCUAGCUUCUGGCAGCAAGAGCUCUGGCCUCUCCACGUGGAUUGGGCACCAGAUGUUGUCCCUGAGUAGUCUCCCACCAUGGGCCGUCACCCUGCUGGCCUGCAUCCUGGUGUCCAUUGUCACAGAGUUUGUGAGCAACCCAGCCACCAUCACCAUCUUCCUGCCCAUCCUGUGCACCUUGUCGGAAACGCUGCACAUAAAUCCACUCUACACCCUGAUCCCUGUCACCAUGUGCAUCUCCUUUGCAGUGAUGCUGCCUGUGGGCAACCCCCCCAACGCCAUCGUCUUCAGCUACGGGCACUGUCAGAUCAAAGACAUGGUGAAAGCUGGUCUGGGGGUCAAUGUCAUUGGCCUGGUGAUAGUGAUGGUGGCCAUCAAUACAUGGGGAAUUAGCCUCUUCCACCUGGACACUUUUCCCACCUGGGCUCAGGCCAGUAACAUCACCCACCAGGCCUAACACAAGUGGGCAAACGGCCCAACCAAAGGAGCUGCCAGCACCCAGCAGAACCUGACCAACAGGCCAAGAAAACCACCAGGAGGACGCAGCCCCACCAGAAGACUCCGCCAUCUACACCUCGAGUGAAGUGCAGGGAGCCUCCAACAAGCCAAAGCACAGGCUUGGAUGUCAGUGUCUUCUGCUCUGUCCUCCUUCCUUAGCACCGCAGCUCAAGGAAGCCCAAAACCUUUCUCACCUCCUUGUAUCUCAUCUCUCCAGUCAGUUCUUCUGAAGACAGGAAGGUCCAAAGCCUGUCUCAGAUGCUCCUCAGAGGCUAAGCCUUGCAAACUGACCAGUCUCACUGGGUUUGAUGUUACUGUUAAUAUCUUGAUCCCUCUUAGGAGCUGAAGGAGAAAUCCCGGUCACCCUGCCUGUGCACAGAGGGUGAAGCCAGUGACAGCUCCUCUCUGGGGGAAAGUCGCACCCAGAACUUGAGACCCAGCGUCGGCUCCUUUCUCCUACGUGUUUCUGUCCUAAGUUCUCUCCACAAAAAGGCAAUUCUUA